GAAAAAUAAAAGUAUUUGAAAUAAAUACCCACGUCUUUGUUUUUUUUCGUCGUUUCUUUCAUUUGAAUUACAAUCCAAUAAAUAACAACAUUCAGAAUGAAUCAGACAACUUUAACUUUAUUUUCUUGCAUUGUUCUACUAUUUGCUAUUGCGGCAAUUGGUGAUAAUUAUAAUUAUCAUGAUUGGCCGGUACCGCCGAAAUCUCCAAAUUUCCGUAAAGAAUAUGAUCAAUUAUUAUUUGGUUUUGUCGAAGACCAUAUCUAUCGUUCGGAAGCACAAUUGAUUAUGCUGUAUGAUCAUUUUGAUCAAUAUUUAACCAAUAAAACAGAUCAAAUGUUUGAAUUUCUUCAGGACGAAGUGAACAAUCAAAUCAUCAUCUUAGGUCAAACAAAACAAAAUAAUAACGAUUAUUAUCAUGCACGAAACGAUUGGAACCAAUUAGAAACUUAUCUUGUACAAAAAAUGGAAAAUGAAAUGAAUCUUUUGCUCACUUUUUUUCAAAAACUACUUGAUGAUAUGAAAAACUCACUGGUUUCUACAACAACAACAGCAGGAAUGAAUUAAUCAAGAGCAAAUUAUCUCAUACAAUUAGUUUUUAUUGUAUAAUGAAUUGUAAAGAUUCCAUUAGAAUGAAAUAAAAACAUUUUUUUUAAAAAAAGAUCAA